AUGUCACGAGUGUCGUUUACGGAAUUCGUUUUACCCAAAUUUGCUCUGGAAGAAAUCGUCAAUCCUGUGAAUGUUUCUGAUUCCACAAUCUAUCUAUUUAUUUAUCUAUCUAUCUAUCUAUCUAUAGCGGAAUAUACGUCUUCUCCACAAAUCUAUCUAUCUAUCUAUCUAUCUAUCUAUCUAUCUAUCUAUCUAUCUAUCUAUCUAUCUAUCUAUCUAUCUAUCUAUCCCAUUCACACAAGGAUGGACAUUUCUCUUAUUUUCUUUCAUUGUCCAUAUCACCAUUUUCUUUUUUUUUCCUUCGGUUUUUACCUUUUUUUAUUUCCCUUCUCCAUAUUUCGCUUAAAUCCUUACAGUCCUGCGCUUUCAUGGUAUUUCCCUGCCAUUUCGACACUAUUCCCACUUAUUCUCUCUCCUUCCUCACUUUCAAGCUUUUUUUCUCCUUUCUUUCCUCCUAUUCCCACUUAUUUCUUCUCCUUACCGCUUAUUCCCUAUCCUUCUUCCCUUUCUAGAUCUUUUUCUUACCUUCCGCAUUUUCUCCUUUAUUCCCUAUCCCUCUUUCAAGCUCUUUACCUUCUCUUUCUCACAUUUCCGCUUAUUCCAUCUCCUUCCUCUUUUGGUCUGUCCAGAUCGCCCAACAAAGGAGUCAGUUCUAUUUUCAUCCUCUACCCGUCUUUUACUGUCAAACAAAUCCUCUGUAACAGCCGGGCAAUGUCAGCCAAAUUAAUGCCAGAUUUUGUUCACUCUGCUUUCUUUCUUCGUCGUUAA